AUGAGAAGCCAACUGCCCUAUCUAGUCUUGAUUCUGCUUUUCCUGCUCCUUCCCAGAGAUGCUUCAGCUACUUCAAAACCGCAGUACCUGGUGGUGAUCCCAAAACAGCCAUACAGUGGGGUUCCUGAGAAGGCCUGUGUCAUGCUUAGUCACCUAAAUGAGACAGUAACACUUAAUGUAAUUCUGGAAUAUGAAAAGUACAGCAAGGCCCUCCUUACGGACCUGGUGACAGAGAAGGACUCUUUCUACUGCAGCCCCUUAAUUAUUCCAGAGUUGCCAUCUUCCUCAGCACUUAUUACUGUGCAGGUGAAAGGGCCAACCCAGGAGUUCAUAACGAGGAAGACAAUACACUUAUUAAAAGCAGAGAGUCUCGUCUUUGUCCAGACAGACAAACCCAUCUACAAACCAGGACAAACAGUGAGAUUCCGAAUUGUCUCUGUGGAUGUCAGUUUUCACCCUUUGAAUGAAACGUUUCCAGUGGUUUAUAUUGAGAAUCCCAAGAGGAACCGAAUUUUCCAAUGGGAAAGACUCACAUUACAAGGGGGACUCAACCAGCUCUCUUUCCCACUCUCAGUGGAUCCCACUCUGGGUCACUACAAGGUCAUAGUGCAGAAGGAGUCAGGGAAAAAAAUAGAGCACUCCUUUGAAGUGAAAGAAUAUGUUUUGCCCGAAUUUGAGGUCCAGUUGAAAAUGCCCAGGACUAUUAGUAUUCUAGAAGAAACAUUUGAGGUAUCUGCAUGUGGCAUAUACACAUAUGGAAAGCCUGUCCCUGGUCUGGUGACAAUUAAUGUAUGCAGAAAAUAUUUACAAAAUGUUAACAUCUGUAAUAAAAGAUAUUCAGAACAUUUCUGUGAAGAAUUCAGUCAACAGGCAGACAAUAAAGGCUGUUUCACACAACUCGUAAAGACUAAGUUAUUUCAGCUGAGUCGAAGAGGAUAUGACAUGAGAUUAAAUGUGGAAGCCAAAGUCAGAGAGGAGGGAACAGGGGUGGAGUUAACUGGGCAUGGAUCAUGUGAAAUUACAAGUACCUUAAGCAAAUUGAAAUUUACAAAAAUUGAUUCAUAUUAUAGACCUGGGCUCCCUUUAUUUGGGCAGGUUCUUCUAGUUGAUGAGAAGAAUCAGCCAAUCGCCAAUGAAACUCUCCUUGUCACUUUGGAUAUAAAUAGACGUUUCCACUUUACUACUGAUGAGCACGGUUUGGCAAACAUUUCCAUUGAUACCACCAGCUUCACAUCAGCUGUAAUUAUGGUUAUGGUCAUGUACAAACAACCUAGCAACUGUUUCGAUCCAUGGUGGCUUGAAGAAACUCAUCUGCAAGCAGAGCAUGCUGUAAAGCAAGUUUUCUCCCCAAGCAACAGUUAUGUUCACCUUGAACUUGUUGCUGAUACCAUAGCCUGUGGGAAAACCCAAGAGAUCCGAGCAUACUACAUCCUGAAUGGACAGAUUCUGAAAGACGAAAAAGAGUUAACUUUCUAUUACUUGAUUAUAGCAAGAGGAAGCAUCUCCCGAUCAGGAAUCCAUGUGUUGUCCAUUGAACAAGGGGACAUGAAGGGGGUAUUUUCCUUCUCCUUUCAAGUGGAAUCAGACAUUGCUCCUACUGCCCAGUUGCUUCUUUAUACUAUUUUACCUAAUGGAGAAAUUGUUGCAGAUAUACAGAAACUCCAGAUUGAAAAAUGUUUUGCAAAUAAGGUAAAUUUGAGAUUCUCCUCAGCCAAGAGCCUGCCAGCCUCAGACAUCAACCUGAAGAUCACAGCUACUCCUCAGUCCCUUUGCGCCCUUCAUGCAGUGGACCAGAGUGUGCUGCUAAUGAAGCCUGAAGCUGAGCUCUCCCCUCAAUCAGUCUAUAGUUUGUUACCGGUAAAGAAUGACUUGAACAGUCCGCAUACAGGUUUCAUUCAUGUCAACCCUGCAGAAUGCACAGUUGCAAAAGACAUCAUUCACAACGGAAUGCUUUACACACCAAAGCAACCUCUGGAUGAUAAUGUUUACAGUAUGUUUGAGUCUGCAGGAUUAAAUAUUUUUACCAACUCAAAAAUCAACAAACCAAAUUUUUGUUAUCCGCCUUUGGGGGGGGUUGUACCAGGUGGAUUUGCAGGGGUUCCAGGAAGUGCAUUUGCAGGGGUUCCACCAGUCUUACCUGUAGGAGCUGCUGGUAUCAGUCAGCCAAUGAUGAUCACAGAAGUUGUAAAAGAGACAGUCCGGAAUUACUUCCCUGAGACCUGGAUCUGGGACUUGGUGCCACUCUCUUUAUCAGGUAGCAGUGAGUUGGCAAUAAAGGUCCCUGACACCAUCACGGAGUGGAAGGCCAGUGCACUCUGCUUGUCUGGAACAACAGGGCUUGGCCUCUCCCCCAUCAUGUCUCUUCGAGUCUUCCAGCCCUUCUUCCUAGAGCUCACCCUCCCCUACUCCGUGGUGCGAGGAGAAGCCUUUACACUCAAAGCCACUGUGUUCAACUACUUGUCCCACUGCAUUCGGGUCAGUGUGGAGCUGGAGGACUCUCCUGCCUUCUUGGCUGUCCCAGUAAAGCAGAAUAAAGAAUCUCACUGUGUCUGUGAAAAUGGGCGGAAAACUGUGUCCUGGGCUGUGACCCUCAAGUCACUGGGAAAGGUGAAUUUCACAGCUACUGCGGAAGCCCUGCAGUCUCAGGAAUUGUGCAACAAUGAGGUGCCUCGAGUCCCAAUGCUUAAACAGAAAGAUACGAUAGUCAAGCCCUUACUAGUUGAGCCUGAAGGAAUAGAAAAGGAGGAAACUUUCAACACACUUCUCUGUGCAGUAGAAACUGGAGUACCUGAAAAGCUGUCACUGAAAGUUCCUUCAAAUGUGGUUGAAGGAUCUGCCAGAGCAACAUAUUCGGUCUUGGGUGAUAUACUAGGAUCUGCAAUGAAAAACCUUCAGAAUCUUCUCCAGAUGCCCUAUGGUUGUGGAGAGCAGAAUAUGAUUCUUUUUGUCCCUAACAUCUAUGUUUUGAACUAUCUGAGUGAGACACGACAGCUGACAGAGAAUAUCAAGUCUAAAGCCAUCAGCCACCUCAUCAGUGGGUACCAAAGACAGUUGAAUUAUAAGCAUAACGAUGGUUCAUACAGCACCUUUGGGGAUCGUGGAGGUACAAGUCAAGGAAACACUUGGCUCACUGCAUUUGUGCUUAAGUCCUUUUCUCAAGCCCGGUCAUACAUCUUUGUGGAGGACUCACACAUCACCAGUUCCUUCCUCUGGCUCUCACAGAGGCAAAAGAGAAAUGGCUGUUUCCUACGCUCUGGAUCACUGUUAAACAAUGCGAUUAAGGGUGGAGUAGAUGAUGAGGUGACGCUCUCUGCCUACAUCACCAUUGCUCUGCUGGAGAUGCGACUGCCUGUCACUCACCCAAUUGUCCACAGUGCUCUAGUCUGCCUGGAAUGGGCAUGGGCAUCCAUUUCAGAAGCCCAAGAAAGUCUUGUCUAUACCAAGGCAUUAUUGGCCUAUGCCUUUGCCCUAGCAGGAAAUCAGGCCAAGCGAAGAGAACUGCUUCAAUCACUGGACAAAGAGGCUGUGAAAGAAGAGGACUCAAUCCAUUGGGAACGUCCUGGGAAACUUCAAGAAGUUAAAGCAUUCUCUUAUCAACCCCGGGCUCCUUCUGCUGAAGUGGAGAUGACAUCCUACUUGCUCCUUGCCUAUCUUACCGCCUACCCUACCCCAUCUUCAGAAGAUCUGUCUAAAGCCUCACGUAUUGUGAAAUGGAUCACCAAGCAACAAAACCCCAAUGGGGGCUUCUCUUCCACUCAGGACACAGUAGUGGCUCUUCAAGCCCUCUCCAAAUAUGGAGCAGCAACUUUCUCUAAAAGGGAGAAAGCAGCCAUAGUCACUGUCAAGUCUUCAGAGACCUUCUCAGAAGAAUUUCAAGUAGAUGAUUCCAAUCGCCUAUUGCUGCAAGAGGUUGCAUUGCCAGAGGUUCCAGGGGAGUACAGCACAACAGUGUCAGGGUCAGGAUGUGUGUAUCUUCAGACAUCCCUGAGAUAUAACAUCCUGCCCAAGAAAGAAGGGAAACUUCCCUUCACUCUGAAUGUUGAUACUGUCCCCAAGAACUGCGAUGGAGUAGACGCCCACAGGAAAUUCCAGAUUCACGUCAACAUUAGUUAUACGGGGGAACGACCCAGCUCUAACAUGGUCAUUGUUGAUGUAAAGAUGAUAUCUGGCUUCAUACCUGUGAAACCAUCAGUGAAAAAGCUCCAAGAAAUGCCUCAGAUAAAAAGGACUGAAGUGAGCACCAACCAUGUCCUGAUCUACUUUGAAGAGCUAACCAAACAAGUCCUGAGUUUCUCCUUCUCGGUUCAUCAAGACAUCCAAAUAAAGAAUUUAAAACCAGCUGCAGUAAAAAUUUACGAUUAUUAUGAGACAGAGGAAUUCACCAUUGAAGAGUACAGUGCUCCAUGCAGUGCUGGUACUGAAAUAUAUGAGCAAUUAUCCACAAAGCUCCUAGUAAAUGUGGUCAAAGGAUCUGCCAGAGCCUCUUUCUCAGUUUUGGGUGACAUACUAAGUUCUGCUAUACAGACCCUCCAGAUGUCCAAUGGCUGUGGAGAACAAAACACAGCCCUUUUUGCUCCUAGCAUCUAUGUCUUGAACUAUCUGAAUGAAACCCAACAGUUGACUUUGGAGAUCAAGUCUAAGGCCAUUGGCUAUCUCAUCAGUGGGUUCCAGAGACAGCUGAACUACAAACAUCAAGAUGGUUCCACAUUUGGGGAGCAAUAUAACAGGAACCAGGACAGCACUUGGCUCACAGCCUUUGUACUAAGACUUUUUGCCCAGGCUAGAGCCUACAUCUUCAUUGAUGAAGGACACCUGGCCCUCACCUGGCUCUCUGAAAUGCAGAAGGACAAUGGUUGUUUCAGGAACUCUGGGUCAUUGCUCAACAAUGACAUUAAGGGCUGAGUAGAAGAUGAAUUGACCUCUGUCUACAUGACUGUUGCUUUUCUGGAGAGUACUCAUCCAGUCACUCACCCUCUUGUUCAAAUGACCCUACUCUGCCUGGAGUCUGCCUACAUAACAAAAGAGGGAACCCAUGAGAGCCAUGGCUACACCAAGGCAUUGUUAGCCUAGGCUUCUGCCCUAGCAAGACACCAAGAUAGGAGGAGAGAAAUACUGAACUCUUUGGAGGAAGCUGUGAAAGAAGACAACACAGUCCACUGGGAGUGACCUCAAACAAGGAGAUCAGAAGGGUAUUUUGACCUACCCUGUUCUCCCUCCGCUGAGAUGGAGAUGACGUCCUAUGUGCUUCUUGCUUAUCUCACAGCCCAGCCUGCCCCAAGCUUAAACGGCCUGACUUCUGCAUCACACAUUGUGAAAUGGGUCACAAAGGAACAGAAUUCCUAUGAGGGCUUCUCCUCCACCCAGGACACAGUGGUGGCUCUCCGUGCCCCGUCUAGAUAUGGAGCAGCAACUUUCCCCAGGACAUGGAAAACUGCACAAGGGACAAUUCAUGAUUCACAGAUCUUUUCCACAAAACUCCAAGUGGACAGCAACAGCCUCCUGGUAAUGCAGCAGGUCUCAUUGCCAGAGCUGCCUGGGAAAUAUGCCAUAACAGUGAAAUGUGUGUAUCUACAGACAUCCAUGAAAUAUAAUAUCCUUCUAUUUGCUGUGAAGAUACAAACUCUGCCCCAAACCUGUGGUGGACCCACCCAUACCAACUUCCCGAUCUCACUGAAUGUCAGUUACAGAGAGAACUGUCCUGUCUCUAAUAUGGUGAUUGUUGAUGUAAAAGUGGUAUUUGGUUUUAUUCCCUUAAAACCAACAGUAAAAAUGCUUGAAAGUUUUAGCCACAUGAGAACAGAAGUGAGCAAUAAUUGUGUCAUCAUUAAUGUGGAACAGGUGAGAGUUCUGGCAUUUGGGCUGAGACUAUACACAUAUUGGUCUUUCUAA